AUGGCCGCCGCCACGCCCGUCCUUGGAGGAAUUACCACGAUCCCAGGAUUUGAGAACAGCCUUGAGAUUGAAGGUCUCGCUCGUUUUGCCGUUGAAGAAUACAACAAAAAACAGAAUGCGUUAGUUCUAGAAUUGAAGAAGGUACUGGAUGCGAAACAGCAAGUGGUGGCAGGGCUCAUGUACUAUCUAAAGCUGGAGGUAGUCGACCGCGGGGAGAAUAAGAAUAAAGUGUAUGAAGCUAAGGUGUGGGUCAAGCCAGGGAACUCCAAGGAAUUGGAGGAAUUCAGGCCUGUUAGCGAUGCCUAA